UGCACAAGGAACUGCAGCCUGGGAAGCAGUGACAAGAGACAGAAGAGAAGAGAGAUGAAGAGAAAGAGAUUUGGUGGAUUUUAACAGCCGUUUCCAAACCAACUUAGCCCUGCCUGGAGUUGCUGCUCCCAACAUACAAGCAGUGUCUGGUGUGGUUCUCUGUACCAAGUGCUUCAGCUACCUCUCCUUUCUACCUGCCUAACUCUGCCCUGCUCCAAUACAAGCUACCAGAGUUGGAAGGUAGGAGACUGUUCCUGACUGGGUUUUCACUAAUCGUGCCAUUAGAGUCCUGAGACUGAUCUUCCUUUCCUCAUCUCACCAUGGAUACUUGGCGGAGAGGAUCCAUUAAAUCCUCAACGUUCUUCAAGCGUUUUUCGCUCAGGAGGCAUAAAAAGCUGGGCAAUCAAGUCAUCAUCUUGAAUCAGAAUAGCAACACAAUUGACAACGAUGGGCAGUACCAUAAGAGGGAACUAAGGGACCUGAAGGACAAAUCGGAAUACCUGUCAUGCCAGAGUGAGCAAAACCUUGCCAAGGCACAGGCACCUCCCAAGCCUCCCCGGCUGUACCUGGACAGUUCCAGCUGCCCCAACAUAAUCGACCACACAGAUUCCCCCUCUAAAGACAUCUCCUUUUCCAGUGCCAACCAUCAGUACCACAAAGCUACUCAAACGCAACAGGCUCACAUCCACAAGGACCAGGCUACAGACUGGGGGACUGCUGAGAGAGGCUCCCAGACUGGCUCACCUCUUUAUGACCCGUCUGACCCCUUCUUUUCCUUCAAAGUGGACUUGGGGCUAUCACUCCUUGAGGAUGUGCUGCAGACCCUCAGGAAACAGAAUCCCAGAGAUUACACUAUUUGAAAGCACCUUCCCUUUUAUUUUUUUGAGUUAAUCAGCAGGACUGACAGGUUUUUAGCCCUAACAGAGGAAGGGAUACCAUUGUAUCCCUUACUCUGAGGGUUUGUCUUAUUGUCCUGCCUUACCCACCACAAGCUGCUCCUGUCCUUUCCUACAGAGCUGUCAGUCACCCAACCACCUGCUGGAAUAAAGAGAAGCAUUUCCAUUCACCAGACUACUCUGGAAAUUUUUCUCCUGCUGUUUAUCAUGCACCUCAUCCUGGUAAAAGAAAUCACUUUACUUGGCAACACAGAGACUUACUAUUUUUGGAGCAUAAUUGAGACUACAGAAGGUGUGGGAAUCAAGGUGGAUGGAACAUGCAUGAUUCAUGGGUUACUGGACAGUCUGGAUGGGAAGGCAGCUCCCACAUUUCAAAGCUAUAGCUGAGGAAUUGAGAACCUGUCCAAAGA